AUGGCGCCGCCGCCGGGUGCAGGGGAGGAACCGCCGCCACCUCUGGGUGGGAAGCCACCGUCGGGAGGGGGAAGGGCCGCCGUGGCCACCUUCAGGACAGGGAAGGGCCGCCGCGACCGCUGUUGGGGUGGGGCCGUGGGGAAGGGUCGCCGUCGAGGUGGAGCCGCCUGCCGCCACCACUCCCUGUGCGUGAUCCAGAUGGGGAUGAGGAGGGAGAUCCGGGCCAUUGGAGGCCACUGGACGUCGCCGCCACCAUGGGAGGCUGGAUCCGCUAGUCAGUGA